CCCCGCCCCUGGAGCUGGCGGCGCAGGGCGCAGCUUCCCGCCGCCCGAGCGGGCCAGCCUGCUGCGUGCGUGCGUGUGUACGCUUGUGCGUGCGUGCGUGCGUGCGUGCGUGCCGUCAGCUCGCCGGGCACCGCGGCCUCGCCCUCGCCCUCCGCCCCUGAGCCUGCACCGCGUAGAACGACCCCCCCCCAGCGCGCGCACCCCGUCGAAGACCCUCACCCGUGCCCCGACUGGUCCCCGCUUUUUUGUAAAACUUGAAGCGGGCGCGGCAUUAACGCUUCCCGCCCCGGUGACCUCUCAGGGGUCUCCCCGCCAAAGGUGCUCCGCCGCUGAGGAACAUGGCGAAGGUGGAGCAGGUCCUGAGCCUCGAGCCGCAGCACGAGCUCAAAUUCCGAGGUCCCUUCACUGAUGUUGUCACCACCAACCUGAAGCUUGGCAAUCCGACAGACCGAAAUGUGUGUUUUAAGGUGAAGACUACAGCGCCACGUAGGUACUGUGUGAGGCCCAACAGUGGAAUCAUUGAUGCAGGGGCCUCAAUUAAUGUAUCUGUGAUGUUACAGCCUUUCGAUUAUGAUCCCAAUGAGAAAAGUAAACACAAGUUUAUGGUUCAGUCUAUGUUUGCUCCAACUGACACUUCAGAUAUGGAAGCAGUAUGGAAGGAGGCAAAACCGGAAGACCUUAUGGAUUCAAAACUUAGAUGUGUGUUUGAAUUGCCAGCAGAGAAUGAUAAACCACAUGAUGUAGAAAUAAAUAAAAUUAUAUCCACAACUGCAUCAAAGACAGAAACACCAAUAGUGUCUAAGUCUCUGAGUUCUUCUUUGGAUGACACUGAAGUUAAGAAGGUUAUGGAAGAAUGUAAGAGGCUGCAAGGUGAAGUUCAGAGGCUACGGGAGGAGAACAAGCAGUUCAAGGAAGAAGAUGGACUGCGGAUGAGGAAGACAGUGCAGAGCAACAGCCCUGUUUCAGCGCUAGCCCCAACUGGGAAGGAAGAAGGCCUUAGCACCCGGCUCUUGGCUCUGGUGGUUUUGUUCUUUAUUGUUGGUGUAAUUAUUGGGAAGAUUGCCUUGUAGAGGUAGCAUGCACAGGAUGGUAAAUUGGAUUGAUGGAUCCACCAUAUCAUGGGAUUUAAAUUUAUCAUAACCAUGUGUAAAAAGAAAUUAAUGUAUGAUGACAUCUCACAGGUCUUGCCUUUAAAUUACCCCUCCCUGCACACACAUACACCGAUACACACACACAAAUAUAAUGUAACAAUCUUUUAGAAAGUUAAAAAUGUAUAGUAACUGAUUGGGGGGGGGAAGAAUGAUCUUUAUUAAUGACAAGGGAAACCAUGAGUAAUGCCACAAUGGCAUAUUGUAAAUGUCAUUUUAAACAUUGGUAGGCCUUGGUACAUGAUGCUGGAUUACCUCUCUUAAAAUGACACUCUUCCUCGCCUGUUGGUGCUGGCCCGUGGGGAACCGGAGCCCAGCGUGGUGGGGAGUGAGGUCAUCUCCACACAGUAGUCCCCACGUGGCCCACUCCUGGCCUAGGCUGCUUUCCAUGUCUUCAGUUCUGUCCAAGCCAUCAGCUCCUUGGGACUGAUGAACAGAGUCAGAAGCCCAAAGGAAUUGCACUGUGGCAGCAUCAGACGUACUCGUCAUAAGUGAGAGGCGUGUGUUGACUGAUUGACCCAGCGCUUUGGAAAUAAAUGGCAGUGCUUUGUUCUCUUAAAGGGACCAAGCUAAAUUUUUAUUGGUUCAUGUAGUGAAGUUGAACUGUUAUUCAGAGAUGUUUAAUGCAUAUUUAACUUAUUUAAUGUAUUUCAUCUCAUGUUUUCUUAUUGUCACAAGAGUACAGUUAAUGCUGUGUGCUGCCAAACUCUGGUGGGUGAACUGGUAUUGCUGCUGGAGGUCUGUGGGCUCCUCUGUCUCUGGAGAGUCUGGUCAUGUGGAGGUGGGGUUUAUUGGAAUGUUGGAGAAGAGCUGUCAGGAAGUGUUUUUCUGGGUCAGUAAAUAACAACUGUCAUAGGGAGGGAAGUUCUCUGUAGUGACAGUCAACUCUAGGUUACCUUUUUAAAUGAAGAGUAGUCAGUAUUCUAGAUUGUUCUUAUACCACCUCUCAACCAUUACUCAUACUUCUAGCACCCAGGCCCAAGUCUGAGCCUAACCUCUCCUUGGGGACCUAGCUUGGAGUCAGGACGAAUGGAUCGGGGUGCAGAAGGUUAGAAUCGAGGGCACCAGCAGUUGGGGGUGGGGAGCAGUGGGGGAGAGAGACUCUUCAGCUAAUCCUUCUAGUACUAGUUGAGAGUUUGACUGUGAAUUAAUUUUAUGCCAUAAAAGACCAAUCCAGUUCUGUUUGACUAUGUAGCAUCUUGAAAAGAAAAAUUAUAAUAAAGCCCCAAAAUUAAGAAUUCUUUUGUCAUUUUGUCACAUUUGCUUUAUGGGGGGAAUUUUUUAUCAUUUUUAUUAUUUUGCCAUUGGAAGGUUGACUUUAAAAUGAGCUCCAUCACUGGGAAAUAUGUGUUUCAUGAUUUAAAUGUACGUGUGUGUGUGUGUGUGUGUGUGUGUGUAUAUAUAUAUAUAUUUUUUUGGUUGUCUUCAGCUGACAGUAUGAAAAAUAAAACUGCUGAAAAAGCUGAGCACCUGGUCACCCUUGGCCUUCCAUUGCUUUGGCCUUCAGUAAAAAGCAGCCUCGCUUCUAGGUCAGGGAACCAUGCCAUUGAGACUAAUAACAGGCGUUCUGGGCACAGUCCCACUGUGCACAGGUUUGAGAGGACAGGUUCAUCAGAAGGAAGGCAGUCCUUAGAAGUCACAUACGUCAAGCCACAUUGCUCCUAAGCCUGGCUGUGUUAAGCUGGGUCAGGGGCCUUGAAACGGGAGAAGUGGAAGUCUGUGGUUGGUCUGAGUAAGGAACUUCCUGUCUUCAUGAAAAAAGUUGACUUUGAAUCCCAGGUACUCACAGAAAUGGUGAGCAGACUUAGUUGUUACCCAGGCACCCAUGGAUUGCGUUGAGUGUGCAGACAGGGAGGUCACCCCAAUAUGAAUUUGUCUCCAGGUUUUUUCCCACGUGGCCCCCAGUACUUAUAAAAGGAAGUGAAAAGACCGAACUGUAAGGCACAUGCCUUCUGCUGCCUGAUUUUCCGUGAGGAGAAUAAAAUUUGCUAAUUGUAGGUGCUGCAGCCGGUUAAGUCCUUCUGUAGCUUCCAGGCCCUCAUGUCCUUGCCCUCAUGGAGAGUGCUUAGAUGGUCUGCAACAUACCUAGGGGUACAGUACAGUCCCAUUACACUAGAGCAGGGCUCUCUUUGUUUUUAAAGGAUAUGGCCGUGUGUUUUGAUAAAACUUUAUUCACAAAAACAGCCAGGUCAUGGGAUUUGGCCUUUGAGUCUGUGGCAGUUCUUAAAAAGAAUAUUGAGAAACUACUCUGUUUUAGACCUUUGAAUGUGAUUUAGAGUUUUGUGUACAUCUAGGAAAAGGUGUUCAGCUUCUCAGAGGAUGUGGACAUUUUGGUUGCGGCUAAAAAUCAGCCUCUGAAGUCUCUCUCCCUUCUAGAGGUUAGCACUUGUUGAACACGUUUGUGGGGUUUUUGGCUGAGUGGCAGAAGGAAAAUCCUCAGGAAGAGAAGCAGGUGAGUGAUGAGAAGGUUGGUUAUUUUCUCAGUCAUCCUGGCAGCCAAAAAUGUGCCAGGAAAAGAAGGCGUGGCUCCUGGAGAACUUGGAGAUGCAUGCACAUUUAGGGUGUCUUUCCUAGAAUUACAUAAUGAAAACAAGAGUAAGGCAAAGAGGAGGUGAAUAUGGGGCCUGUCACAACGGCCUGCCCUGCCCCAAGAGGUUAAGAGUCGGAUAAUCGGGAUGAAACUGGCAUGGAAAGAGCGAGGCUGAGGAGGGUGCCGCCGGGCAGUGUGCAUGGGGGAGCUGCUACCAGACUGCCCUCCAAUCUGCUCCUGUGUUACUGGCUCCACAGCACCUCAGAGAGGGCAGCCUUGGCUUCAGAAAUGCCAGUCAUAGUGCUCACAAAUGCAGAAGAGAUGGAAGCGGUGACAGAAUCCUGAAAGUUUUUAUUGAUUGACGUUUUAAAUUGGUAAUUUAAGCUUCCUUGGCACGAUACAAAAUACCUCUUAAAGACAGCAGGCUGUUUUAUUUGUAGGUGUGAGGAACUGGCUUCAACUUUUUUCUCCUCCUAGUUUGCAUGUUUUCCCCUCUCUAGUCUUCUAAACUGCUGGCACCAGCAGUAAUACAUACUGAUAAAAUCAAAAUUGAUUUUUACCAGUGGCCAGUUUAUGGCUAGAGAGACGGCUUAUACCUCCUUAACACAGAAGGGGGAAAAAUGAAGAACCUUCAAUGAUCCGUGAAAACCUAAAUGCUUUCAAACAAAUCCUAGGGACAGAAUUGCUAUCGAAAGAUAUCAGUGCCCGACUUGCAGGCUGUGUUGAGUCAGAUAGAACUGAAUGUAGUGAGAACUCAGAGCUAAAGAGCCUUUCAGAUUAAUUUGAAACCAGGCUGUGUGUGUGCAUGCAUGUGUGCAUGUGUAGUAUAUGUGCCAUGUGUCUUUGGCUUGACAGUUUUCAAAUCGUGCCUUUAUUUUUUGCCUACACAAAGUUUUGUAUUUGCAAACUCAGAAUCCAUGCCAAAAUACCAUGUCAUUUGUCAUUUUUAGCUCCUUCUCUAAAGGAAUGGCCCAUUUCUCAUUGUAGUUUGAGAAAUAUGUGUAUCAAGAGAGAGGGGUCUUGGGCUUCCCAGUGUCACUGUGAACACCUGAAUAACAUUUAACCCCUGAGACCUUCUCGCUGUAGAGGCCAGUGCUUCCCCCUGCUGGACAUGACAUUUCAUUGAAGGACCUCUCGUGGCUUCCCCUGCCCUGGGCUGUCUGGCCUGAAGGAGAAAAGAACCAAACUAAACUAUGAAAAGUUACCACUCUGAGACCUCUCUUAAUUAAGCUUGGGGCCAUGUUUGCUUUUGAGAAGGAGUGUUCUCAAAGAUAGGCUGGAAUGGAAUUGUAUUUAGAAAGGUCCCUGCAAAGUAUAGAUGGAUGACUCUAGUUCAUGACACACAAAUCCCAUAAGGCCAACGACCACUCUUCUGGAACACCAAGAGCAGCUCUGAGAUCAUGCAUGCCCUACGCGAAUUGAGUUUCUGUGACCUAAUUGGAUUUGGAGAACGCCUUCCCUGCCCCCCCUUUUCCUCAGACAGAUCUGCUCUGAUAGGAACCUUUUCAAGCAAGUUACUGUUGUUUCAAUGCCAUUCCUUACCUGUAUAGAACAUUUCCAGUACAUUCGCUCAUUGAACUUAAUCCUUGCAACUGUACUGGGGGGUGGGUGGCUCUGUUUGCAUAUGAAGAAAUAAAGGCUCCAGGAGGUUAAAUUGGGCAACUUUUUAGAACUAAAUCAGUCUCUGUAAGGCCUGCAUUGCUAAGAUACCAUUUCAGCUCUGAAAAUCUGCUUCAGGGAACUGAGUGGAUGAAGCCUUCCUCCUUCAGCUACUCUGCCCGUCUGUACAUCUUUUAUGUGUCUGCCUCCAUACCUGUUAUUUUCACACUAAAGUAAGUAGAAUUAAGACUGUAGUUCACAUGCUUUUUCUUUUUCUGUUGGAAACUGAACACACUCUAGACAGUGAAAGAAAGUGCAUAUUCCAUUUUCUCAUUGCCUGAAGAUCUCUGCCCGAUGCUCCUGGGGAAUGACUUUGGGGGCUUUAGAAAGAAUAUUACCAGUCUGUCUCGGCAAGGAGAUGAUGGGAACGCUUUGUAUGGAGGCUUUACAUGACUUGUAAAUUAAAUGUGAAUGAGGGCAGUUCAUUAAAAUUGGUAUUACAGAAGUGCCCUGCCGAGGUUUGAAAACAGCUGAGCUGCCGAUGUCUCAGGCCUCUCCCUGAAUUAGCACUGCGUUUCUCCAGGAAAUCAGCUAAGGGAGCAAGUAAUAGAAGCCCCUGAUAAGGAGCAUCAGCCGAGAGGCAAGCUUGGGAGGCUGUGGGAAUGGGUCUGCUACCAGCUUCACAGACCUCUUCCUCCAGCCUCUGAAUCCCGUUAGGCACAACGUUAGCACAUGAGGCUCAGCCACCAAGAACAUUAGCUGGGGUGCACGAGCUCGCCCACUCCUGUGCCGAGGGACCCUGACCUCCCUCCAUGCCAUGUUUUUAGCUGUGUCUAUGGCACUUAACAAUAGGGGGCUUCAUUUUAUUUAAGUUACAGAGAAGUAUUUUGAAAAAUUUAAAAGACAUGAACUCACAUAAACAGUUAUGGAUAAUAGUUAAAAGGGAAACCGGUGGAGGUGGAUGAGAGGUUGUCUUCAUGAAUAUAAUUGAGAUUUCUUUUUCUUAAUGGAAUUAAUUUGUUAGAAAAUGUCUGCGUUAAAUCUGUAGAAAAAGAAGAAAAGUGUAGGCCGGGCGCGGUGGCUCACGCCUGUAAUCCCAGCACUUUGGGAGGCUGAGGCAGGCGGAUCAUGAGGUCAGGAGAUCGUGACCAUCCUGGCUAACAUGGUGAAACCCCGUCUCUACUAAAAAAAAAAAAUUCAAAAAAAUUAGCCGGGCGUGGUGGCGGGUGCCUGUAGUCCCAGCUACUCGGGAGGCUGAGGCAGGAAAAUGGCGUGAACACAGGUGGUGGAGCUUGCAGUGAACCGAGAUCGCGCCACUGCACUCCAGCCUGGGCGACAGAGCAAGACUCCGUCUCAAAAAAAAAAAAGGAAGAAAAGUAUAGCAACAAAAAUGUAGCUAUUAUCUAACUUGCCAUAAAUAUUUGCAAUUAUGAUACCUUGGAAUGUUGCCACGAUAUGGAUUGCUUUGAUUAAAAGAUGUCAGUUGAAUAAAACAGUACUAUGGGAGAAUCGCUUUCUGCUGCUAGAUAAAUGCUGAUGUUUAUUUUUAAACCAGGAAACAUUGAUCCUGUAACAAUGCCCGAUUACAACUGCUUUAUUACACCCCAGGGCUGAUGGAGAGGUAAUCACUUGGCUAAUGGAUGUGGGUGCAGGACGGAUGCUCACUUGCUGGCCUGCUUUCCUGCUGGCAUUCUGAUGAGCCGCAGGAGCCCACCUGGGCUUCUGCAGGUGGAGCUUCUGUCAGAGCUUCGUUUCAGUGAUACCCAAAGCCAUGUCUGACUGAAAUAAAACAGGUUCCCUUUUUUUCCCCUUUGGAAAAUGCCGACUAAGGGAGACUAAUCAGAUAUCUUAACACAAUUUCAUCCAGGCUUAGUGCUAACAAGAUUGCGGGGCUUUUUAGGGUUUAAGAUGAUGAGAAAUUAGUGUGCGCGUUUCACACGUUGACUUGCUGGUGUUUCCAUGUCAUACAAAAAAGUCUGGCUGUGUCUCCGAACUGGCUGCCUGCAUUCCCAUCUUUCUUUUGUUUUUACGAAAUAGACUGAAUUCAGCUGUUAAUCCUCUCGUGCAGCAUCCAUGUUAAAGUGUUUUUCCAUUGCAUCUUUUGUGUGAAUUCAAAGGUCAGAAUUUAUUGUCUGUGAUACUGAGACCAUGUGUACAAGAACUACUUUUUGCUUUUCAUCAUUCACUCCUUAGCAAACGUUUCAUAAGUACCGUCUGUCUGGCUGCUACUAUAUGAGGUGCUGAGAAAUUAGUCAGGGGGAGUGACUUUUUAUAUUUUUCAUUCGUAUGUAGCCUAAGUAAGGUGAUUCAAGCUUAUACACUGACAGAAAAAUGCAAAAUAUAUUUGGUUCUCAUUUCUGUUGCUGUCGUUUCCUUUUUAAAGACUAUUUAUAAACUGCUGCCAUUUGGAACUUCUAUAAGAAACUAAAAGUGAUCUAUUUCAGUGUUCCCUUCACCUUUCCUCUCCUUUUUGAAUAAAUGGUUUCAGUAACCCAUGCUGUUCUCUCCCUAUUCUACGUCUUUUUCCCUAUGUUGAAAAAAGAUUCCUGCAGUUUCUAAUGUGUUUAUUGUCUUCGAUGUAUGUUAACAUUUUAGAAACUGAGUAUCUUAAGAGAUGUCUUAGAAUGCUUUAGUUUUCAUAAUUUUUCCUUUCUGUAGUUUUCAUUGUAUUUGCUGUUUUGACAUGGAAGUCAUUUAAAAAGUUGGUGCAGGAAAGGACUCUUUACCAUUGCACAUUUUGGUUAUCUGAUAUGUAAUAAACCCAUGGCUUGGCAGCUGACAUGAUGUUUCCCAGAGAGAAGGAGAUGUAUUUCUGCAGGGUCCAGACCGAAAGAGCCAUUAACAGCAUGUUCUCCCAUGUUCCAUAUCAACCUGAUGAAACCUGCCCUGCCAAGGCAUAAACUUUUGUAUUAGCUGUCUCCAUAUUAUGUUCAAUAAAUUCUGUGCUCUGAAUAUAUUUAAA